UAUUAGUCGUGUUCGUAAUAAAAAUUAAAAUACGACUACUAGUGGUACCACAGUAAAAUUGACAUUAGCAUUACUAGUAAUACGAUUACUAACAAUAAUACUGGUAAAUAUAAAAUAGGGAAAUGUUAUCGGUCUAAUUGUAGGCUUAAGGUAAACUGAAAUGCAUUACGAAAGAUAAAUACUUGCCUAAAAGAAUGGCAACUGAUACAAGAGACAUAGCAAAGCAAAGUUAUACAAGAAUUCGCAGUCGCAAACUUGGAUUGUGGCAAAGAAGGUGGAUUGUGCUACGCCGAGCCUCGAGUAAGGGACCAUGUCGUCUUGAGAAAUAUGUAGAUGAAAAAACAGCUCGCACUGGCGGAGCUCACAAAGUGGCAUUAUUAAAUACAGUCAGCUCUGUAUCAAGGUUGACAACUAGUGUACGGAAACAUGCAUUCAACAUUUGUUUUCAAGAUAGCACCACUAAGAGUUUAGCCUGUGAUUCAGACCUUGAAGCAGAUACAUGGGUGAAAGUGUUGGUUCAGGAGUGUUUUCUACCCCAGCCAGGGCUUGGCACUGGAGAACCAGAUGUUUUGAGUUCUGGAAUUCAGAAAGAAUUAGAAGAACAAUUUCAUGUUUAUUUGAUGCCAACUCCGAAAUUGGAUGUUUUUGGAGAGUGCCUGCUUCAGGUGACACAUGAAAAUAUUUACUUGUGGGAUGUAACAAAUCCCAGGCUAAAGUUGGUGUCCUGGCCAUUGACUGCACUACGAAGAUAUGGAAGUGAUCCCGCAAAGUUUACUUUUGAAGCAGGAAGACACUGCAGCACUGGAGAAGGUAUGUUUGUUUUCCAUACUUUGGAAGGGGAGAAAAUUUAUUGUAAAAUCCACCAGGCUACCUUAGCAAUUGCUGAAGCCCAUCAUAGACUUUGUAAACAAGCUGAAAAGAUCACUGGAAGAACUUGUCACAGUCAGGUUUCCUUUUGUCUUCAGAAAAUGCCAACUUACAUCCCUGUCAGUAUAAUGAACAAUGUUGGAGGGGCAUCAUACUCUGUCACUCAUGACACAGAGUCACCUGUCCACAAAGUUGAUACUGUAAAGCAUACUGUUGUUGAUAAAUAUAUGCAGGAUCCUGAGCAAAAGCUUGAAGUGGAGUUUGGUGAGGGUCUCAGGUGGACUGGUAGUCAUGGGGCAACAUCAAAAUGUAGUUUACGGUCACAUUUAUUGCAAUGUGAAUCCCACAAGUGAGUGUAUAGCAGCUUGAAACUGGCACUGUAGAUGAGGUUUCUUGCAAUUAGCUGAAUGAAAGACAGAAAGAGAUUAAGGUUUUCUAUAUGGCAGUUUUAGUGGAAAUAUUAAGAAAGAUACCAAGGAAAGUGAUUAUUUUGUUUCCCUGGGAGAACAUUACUGAACUGUCUGUUUUUACCCAGUUUGAUAGAGUACUUCAAAACACCUUUAAAAUCUUUUUACAGAUUUAUUGAAUUUUUUAUUUUAUCUCAUAUAGUAUAAGAAGAAUAAGGAGUAUUGUUGUCCAUUCACUUCCUUAUUUGUUGGUUUAUUCUGGAAAUUGAAGUGAAAAGAAGUUAUUUCAAAAUGUUUUUAAAAUAUUUAAAACUUGUUAAUCCUUUUUGUCUGUAACUUGAUGAUGAUAAUCUUUGUUACAGUGAGUUUACUUGUAGCUAUGAGAUAUACUUUUUGGACAGUUAUUGUGAUGAAUUUCUUUUUAAAUUAAUAAUUUCCAUUUGGAUUAUGCUCAUGGGACAUUUAUAAAUGUCACAUUUCGGACGGUCACCUAAAGCUUGUAAAAAAUUGUAUGUAAGAUAAAAGUGAACAUUAUUAAGCAAUACAAUCACAUAUUUAUCUGAACAGCCUUAUUAAUAAGCUAGAGAAUAUCUCUGUAAAUAAAAAAUCUUGUAUCUGUAUUCAGUAAUGUUUGAAAAAUACACAAAAUCUAAAAAAAAAAAAUGUAUGAUACAGUUAUAUGUGUUCAGAAGUGUUUGAAAAGUACCAAUAUAUCUUAGAAAAGAAUAUAGGAUACAAGUAUGUAUGUGUUCAGAAGUGUUUGAAAAAGACAAUUAAACCCCAGUAACGAAUCUAGAAUACGAAUGUUGGUGUUCAGGAAUGUCUGAGAAAUACCAUUAAACCCAGCAACGAGUCAUGAAUACAAAAAUCUGUGUUUAGAAAUGUUUGAGAAAUACCACUAAGCCCCAGCAAAGAACCUAGAAUACAAAUAACUGUGUUCAGAAAUGUUUGAGAAGUACAACUUAAUAUCAGGAAUGGACCUAAAGUACAUAUAAGGAUCCAUGUGUGGAAGUGUAUUAUAAAUGUAAACAGACCUUACAAAGAUGUAAGAAUAUGAGUUCUCAUUUUUGAAAAACUCCACUUACCUGAUUAAACAUGUAGAAUAUUUGAUUUAUACUCAUGUUAGUGGUAAUUGUGUAAGGACUAGAUUAAAUGAUGAAUUAACUUUAUGCCCUUGGAUUUUAAUUUUAUUACUCAAACUUUGAUACAAUGAGGAUUAUUUGUACCCAUGUGAAAAAUCAUCUAUUCUGUUUGGUGAGUCCCUCAUUGGUAAGUGUGAAGGCUUAUAAUGCUAAAAACUGGGUUUCAACACCCAUGGGCAUCACAUCACAGAUAGCCUAUUGUGUUAUUUUGCUCUUAACAACAACAACAAAAGCAUUUGCUUUUCACCCAAACUUUUAUUGAAUGGUGAUUGGUUGAUGUACUAUAUAACAAUGAACAGUCACAGUUCUACUGGCAUAAAGGAAAGUCUCGUGAAAAAUAACCAGUUUAGUAGUUGUGUAGGAUAAUUUGAAAUUAUCUAAAAAAAUUUAGACUUGUAAAACUUGAAAAAAAUUUAAUGUCUCAUUUUUUUUCUUGAAAAGGUGUUAAUCUUCAUACAGUUAUUGUACUUUGGUGUGGAUACGUUUCAUUUACAUGCUAGAAGUGUAAACUUUUGUAUAAAAGGUGUUUUAGAAAUACAAAACGUUUCUUUUAGUCAGAAUUUAUUACUUCAUAUCUUAUGUAAUUUUCAAAGUGCAAAAAUAUAUGUUAAGUUUCAUGAGUAAUUGUUACUUGACAAAGAGUAUUUUGGUUUGUCAAUAUCAAAGUUGCUUUCAUUCAAUCAUCCCAGUUCUGAAAGUCUCUUAACUAUAGUUAUCCAUUGUUCUUCAUCACUUGACUAUAGUUAUCCAUUGUUCUCCAUCACUUGACUAUAGUUAUCCAUUGUUCUCCAUCACUUGACUAUAGUUAUCCAUUGUUCUCCAUCACUUGACUAUAGUUAUCCAUUGUUCUCCAUCACUUGACUAUAGUUAUCCAUUGUUCUCCAUCACUUGACUAUAGUUAUCCAUUGUUCUCCAUCACUUGACUAUAGUUAUCCAUCACUUAACUAUAGUUAUCCAUUGUUCUUCAUUCCUAUAUGCUUGCACCAACUUGCAUAUUUUAUUGCUUUAAAGUACUUAAAAAUCUAAGCAACUAAGUGCUGACAUGUAAUAACCAUUGUUUUUAAGUCAUCCCUGUAUUUAUUAAUAGAAAGAUGCGAGUGAGAGACAAUUAGAGUAAUGACGUGAUUUUUGUAUGAUAUUGUUAAAGCUAUAAUAAAGCCUUUAGAAGUACUGUUGUAAUUCACAUCUUAUAUCCCACAUUAUAGCCUGUACCCUGGUGACCCUUUUAAUUUAUGCAGCAUUUUUAAUGUAGUUCUUGUGUUGUUUUGGCCUGUUUUGUUAAUAUAUAUAUAAACACACAUCAAGACUACAAUUGAAAAUGUUCACUGAAACUAAACCCUAUAUAGGUUGGUAAAAAUUGAAUUUAUAUGUGUAAAAUAUCAGUGUUAUGAAAAGUGAUUAAUGUAUGUUUACAGUAAUAAAUGAUUACAAUUACCUGCUGAACAAAAUCAAGCCAAAUAUUCUAAU